UCACCACUCUGUUAACCUUUUUAUCCUUCCGUAUUGAAUUCCUCUCUCCUCUCUCCUCUCCCCUCUCCCCUCUCAUACCUAUCGCCACCAGCAUCCGCCACAAUCCGCCGCUACAAUAUCGUUAAAACAAAGAAAAAGAAAACCCUAAUUUAUUCGGCCGCAAAAUAGCGUCAAAUAGUUAGUACACUUGAUUUUUGACAGCGUCAGUCUUAGCUUUCACAGUUGUGAUGCUCAUUGCCAUGCCUCAAACUUAAGGCUUUAGAUAUUUCAUUUUGGGAAUUUAAGCUGUAGAAGGCAUAAUUUGGGAUUACCUUUUGGUUCGAUGUCGACCUCGGAAAUUGCCAGCAUUCUCGACAAUUCUAAGGAACUGGAUCGCCUGAGGAAAGAGCAGGAAGAGGUCUUGAGCGAUAUUAAUAAGAUUCAUAAAAAGCUCCAAACAAAUCCGGAAGUGGUUGAGAAGCCUGGGGAUGCAUCAUUAUCGAAACUUAAGCUUUUGUACACUCAAGCUAAGGACUUGUCAGAAACUGAAGUGAGAGUAUCUAAUAUAUUAUUAGCUCAAUUGGAUGCGUUGCUCCCUCCUGGACCACCUGGACAGCAACGAAGAAGAUUAGAAGGUAAUGAGCCGAAGAAGAAACAGAAGAAGAAUGAUUCUGAUAUCUCAAGGGUAACUCCUUCCAUGAGAAAUCAAGUUGACAAUCUUGCUAGUUUGAAAGGUGAACAGGUAGCAGCUAGGGUUACUACAGAAGAAUCUGAAAAGGAUGAGUAUAUUGUCGUGAAAGUCAUACAUUAUGACAGGGAGACAAGAGAAUUUGAAGUGCUUGAUGAGGAACCUGGUGACGAUGAAGAGGGUGGUGGUGGCCAAAGGUACCCCCCUUCAUAUCUAUCUCUGGUUGAAAAUAUAAGCUUCCUGCGUCACAUAUUAUACCUUUUCCCAAACGGAAUGAUCCUACUACUGCCCUGGACUUCCCUCUCGGCAGAGCAGUUUUGGCAGUCUAUCCUGGUACCACAGCAUUGUACAAGGCAACAGUAGUGAAUCCAAAUCGCAAGAGGAAGACUGAUGAUUAUCUUCUCGAGUUUGAUGAUGACGAAAGCGAAGAUGGAUCCAUGCCAAAAAGGACGGUACCAUUCUAUAAUGUGGUUACGUUGCCAGAAGGACAUCGACAAUGAUUAUGGGCAGUUCCUUUUAUUAUUGUUUUAUAUGAUGAACAAGACAGUGAAUGGCUUAGGCCUGGAGCGUCAUUAAUUAGCAGGAAGGGCCUUCAUUGCCUGCAUAUUUUGUUACUAAAUUAAAGGUUAUGCUUAUGAAGCAGAUGUAACAUCUAGAUCUCAUGCAUUAGAGUCAUUAGCAUGUAGGCUUUUCCGUGUUUGGUUGGUUUUGUAAAGGUAAGCUAGUUAUAAUCGUACAAUAUAUCCCUGUUUCAAGUCGUAAGCAAUGACCUUUUGCUGCUUCCCUCCGAAAUCUAUAAUGCUGCUCUUUGCUGGUUGGUACUCCAGCCAUUGCGCGAUGAAGAAUUGUUUAAAUGGUGUCUAUUAUUGAAUGGUGCCGUUGCAUGAAAGGCCAAGAAAGCUUCCUGUAUGAGUAAUUGUAAAUUGAUGUAAUAUUAUACUCUGGGCUAUAUCCGUAAAGCUCUAAUAUUUACGUAACAGUAGAGAAGAUCUAAUCAAUAUUGUUUGUAUAUGCAUUACAGUGACCUCCAUAAGAGUGGUCUUUCCUUUCA